CAGGUCCAGCGCAGCUGCGAGCUGUCUUCCUGCACACGGAGCACGAGCGGAGGAAGUCGAAGACGGUCACACAAGCCGACAUGAAGGUGGAAUCACUCCCAGCCCUCACAGACAACUACAUGUACCUCCUCAUCGACGAGGAGACGAAGGAGGCUGCGAUAGUCGAUCCUGUGCAGCCCCAGAAGGUUUUGGAUGCGGUCAAAAAGCACGGCGUGAAGCUGACCACCGUCCUGACCACACAUCAUCACUGGGACCAUGCUGGAGGAAAUGAGAAGCUCGUAAAGAUGGAGACGGGGUUGCGCGUGUAUGGGGGAGACAGCAGAGUUGGAGCGCUGACGCAGAAAGUGUCUCACCUGACAUCGCUCAAGGUGGGAUCUCUUAACGUGAAAUGCCUCUGUACGCCGUGUCACACUUCUGGACACAUCUGUUAUUAUGUGACCAAGCCAAACAGCUCCGAGCCGCCUGCUGUCUUUACAGGUGACACGCUGUUCGUGGCCGGCUGCGGGAAAUUCUUCGAGGGAACCCCGGAGGAGAUGUACAGAGCGCUGAUUGAGAUUCUGGGCGGCCUGGACCCCAAAACGAGAGUUUACUGCGGGCACGAAUACACGAUCAACAAUCUCAAGUUUGCUCGACACGUUGAGCCCAAUAAUGUCGCUAUCCAGGAGAAGCUUGCUUGGGCCAAGGCAAAGUACGACAGUGGAGAGCCAACCAUACCCUCCACCAUCGCAGAAGAGUUUACGUACAACCCCUUCAUGCGAGUGAGGGAGGAGCCCUUGCAGAAGUUCACGGGCAAGACGGACCCGGUGGAGGUGCUGAGGACCCUCCGCACCGAGAAGGACAACUUCAAGAAGCCCAAGGAGCGGCCCAAUCCCCCGGCCAUGCUGGCCUUCGACUGGGGACUUUUCAGCCCUUUCCUCGAGAAGAAGUGA